GCGUCUAUCUCCAUCCGAUGAUAGAGCGCGUCGCUGCAACCCCAACAACGAAGCGCCCCUUAACAGGUCGGUCUCGGUCGUGAUCGGCUCACGGCUGCCGUGUAUAAGUAUUAGAGCAGAGAAGGGCGGCUUUUCUCUGAGCUGCUCCCUUCAUUGUACCCUAGCUAUGGUCCGGGAGGCGCGAACGGCUCAUCCCCUUUUGCUGGUCGCCGUGUUCGUGGUCAUGUGUGCUGCCAUACCACACUCCGUUAUGGCAAUAGACCUCAGCCGUCUCUACGGACAUAUCAGCUCCAAAAGAGGUGACGCCUGUCAUCCGUAUGAACCUUUCAAAUGUCCUGGGGAUGGGAAUUGCAUUUCCAUCCAAUAUUUAUGUGAUGGCGCGCCGGAUUGUCCGGACGGAUACGAUGAAGAUUCACGACUGUGUACAGCAGCAAAAAGACCUCCUGUAGAAGAAACAGGAAGUUUUCUAAAGUCCCUCCUACAAAGCCAUGGGCCAAAUUAUUUAGAAAAAUUGUUUGGAAGUAAAGCUCGAGACGCUCUUAAACCACUUGGAGGAGUUGAUAAAGUAGCAAUAGCAUUAUCAGAGUCACAAACGAUUGAAGAUUUCGGAGCAGCCUUACAUUUGAUGCGAUCAGAUUUAGAACACUUACGUUCAGUUUUUAUAGCGGUAGAAAAUGGAGAUUUGGGAAUGUUGAAAUCAUUGGGUAUAAAAGAUUCAGAGCUGGGAGACGUGAAAUUUUUCCUAGAAAAAUUGGUGAAUACUGGAUUUUUAGACUGAACCAUAUUUGACCCUGCUGCUGUAUUCUUCGCUCACCCCCAACCUCAUUUACCGUUGAGUAAAAAUUUUUAUUCCUAUCUUCCUUAUUGAUUUUGUCUAUCUGCCUGUUUAACUUUUAGCAGCAGAGUCCACUAUCUAUCCGUCCCCCACUUUCUCAACCAAUUUUAAGUUAACAACUACUAAUUAGCUUUAAUUAUGUUAGACUUUGCUGAACAGUCUUUUUUUGCUGUCUCGAAAGGCUGCCGGCACUCAUCAACAGCCAAUCUACAAUUUUACAGACUUAUGAAAUACAUAUCAAAGCAACCAAAAGGUCUUUGACAACGGCACAUAUCAUAGCUAAGUGUAUUGUUAAUAUAAGGCAAUGUGUGAUCACAAUAUUUAACAGUUUUUAUUAAUGUUAUUUAGACAUCUGAGUGUUUUUCAACGAGUUUAUCUCCAGAGGAAGGUACACCAAAAAUGCGUUUUUUUGGUUAUUUGGUUCCAAACACUUUCCGAAUCGAUUACAAUCCAAUGGCAAAAGUAGUAUUUUCAUAUAAUACUUUCAAAAUGUCUAGUAGAUUAUUUCUAUAUUUGUGCCAAUUUAUUUUUUUGAGGAAUGCGCUUAUAAAGAACGUCUUUUUUGGUGCUUCUUGCUCAAAAAGCAAUUAUCGUGACACUAGAUGUAGUUUUUAAGAAUAAUAUUUAAGGAUAUUGUAAUUUUGAAAUUUAUAAUGCACCGGCUGGCCGGUUGAUAGCACUAAAAUCCUAUAACUUGAGCUAAAAAACCUUGACGUUACCCUAAAACUUUGUUGCGAUUAGUGCAGGGUAACAAAGUGCUAGUUCACGUUAAUAUUUUCUUCUCCGGUAGGGGAUUUUAGUUAUUUUAAUUAGCGGCAACGCUGGGUUGCCGGGGAGCGCUUUGUAGGGCCUAAUGCGCAUUCGUCCUGCAACCUAUGGGAUCCCGCAAGGCCGAUAUUGUGAUUUUUGUAAAUAUAUAUUACCAUCGAUGCCGUGAGCACGACUCUAUUUAUAGAUAACGACCUGACACUUUACCAUCAAAAAUAUUUAGAGUGUGUGAAACGUCAUCGUUGAUUAACAAGCACAAUCACAUCCGCAAGACGCGAAAAAUAUAGUCAAUAUGUUAUAUAUUGUCUGUCUCUUCCUCGUCCUUCGACAAAUAUUUACCAAAAUCGAAUGUUUAGACUUGAAUCCUUUUCAAUUUUUGUCACUAAGAAAUAUAUUUACCGUCGUAACUUUCGCAUUCUUAUCGGUAAAAUUUGUCGAAAGCCCGGUUCGGGACAUCUGCUAUGUAUAGAUAAAAAUUUAUAUAUAUAGAAAACAUUUAUAAAUAUAUUUUUUCGAAUGGUAGUGCAGAUGUUUUGUGUUUGGUGCGCGAUGAAACGAUAAUUUGAAUGAUAUACCUCCCGUUUUGAAAAUGUUUUAAAAUAAAGGCUGGUCUAUCAAUUAUUAUAUAAAUAAAAUACAUAUCAAAUAUUUUUAUCGUUACACAUUACGUAUUUAUUUAUUGUGAAAUGGAAUUUCUAACUUAAUAAAUACAUUAAGAAAAAUAA